UUUAAUUUUCAACUAUCUUCUUCGUUUACUUUCUAUACUUUUUUCACCCUCCUCCCAUUAAUCACGCCCCCUUACUCUCUCUCACUCCCACCUUUUCAUUCCUUCUCUAAAUUAUAUCACCCUCAACUACAACUGCCGGUACUACUACAUCUCAAUCUCAUCCCUCCUCCAUUACCAACCAAAAUGAUGAUAUUGAUGAUUGGCUUCUCUUUCUCCUUCCUCCUCCUCUCCAUCUCUCUCCCUUACUCUCUCUCCUCUUCCCCUACUUAUGAUAAGGCGUUUCACAUUGACUGCGGUGGCUCAACUCAAAGCACCGACAAAUUCAACACUACGUGGCUCGCCGACGAGUUUUUCUCCGCAGGAGCUACCGGUUUAGUCUCCGAACCGCUCCGAUUCCAGAAUCUUCACGAAAAAACGGUUCGAUUCUUUCCGAUUAGUUCCGGUAAGAAGAAUUGCUAUACUGUACCUAAUUUACCGAUCGGUUCUCGUUUCUAUAUACGUACAUUCACUGUUUAUGAUAAUUACGACGGCAAGUCACAUUCGCCGUCUUUCGAAGUUUCGGUUGAAGGUACUUUGGUGUUUAGCUGGCAUUCCCCGUGGCCGGAAGACAUAAGUCGUUCCGGUGCUUACUCCGAUCUUAUUGCAUUUAUAUCUGAUGGCGAAGCGGAUAUUUGUUUUUAUAGUAUUGCUACUGAUCCACCUGUGAUUGCGUCGCUUGAGCUUGUUCAGAUCGAUGCAGCAGCAUAUGAUGCUGCUUCUAUAGGGAAUAGCUCGAUUUUAGUGAAUUAUGGGAGGUUGACCUCUGGUUCGGGUCAAUGGGGACCGGGAUUUAGUAACGACACUGAUUUGUUUUUUAGGUCGUGGCAGUCUGAUGCUGACUUCAGGUCAGAGAAUUCUGUUGGUAUUAAGUCGGUUUCGGCUGUUAAGAAAGUAAUUAAUACAGAUAGGAGUCCGAAUUUUUUUCCAGAGAAACUGUAUUCGACUGCUGUGGUGGCCAAGGGAAAGGGGGGAUUGGAGUAUGAAUUGCAGGUGGAUGCGAAGAUGGAUUAUUUGUUAUGGUUUCAUUUUGCUGAGAUUGAUGUGAGUGUGAAUAGAGCUGGGAAGAGGGUGUUUGAUAUAGUAGUGAAUGAAAUCAAUGUUACGAGGAUUGAUAUUUACAAAGAAGUAGGUGGUUUUGCAGCUUAUGAUUGGCAUUAUGUUGUCAAGAAUUUGAGUGAUACUAUAUUGAGUGUGAAGUUUGUUCCUGUUGUUGGUUCACCUUUAAUUUGUGGGGUGGAGAAUUAUGCUAUUGUUCCGGCUGAUCUCAAGACCAUUCCUGAUCAAGUUAUUGCAAUGAGGUCACUAAAGGAGUCACUCAAGGUUCCAGACCGGAUGGGUUGGAAUGGUGACCCUUGUGCUCCAACUUCUUGGGAUGCUUGGGAAGGUGUUACUUGCCAUACCAAUAAAGGGGAAUCUGCACUUGUGGUCUCUCAAAUAGAUCUUGGGAGUCAGGGAUUGAAGGGGUACAUUUCUGAGGAAAUCAGUUUGUUAUCAAAUUUGGUAAGCUUGAACCUAAGUUCUAAUACUCUGGGAGGUACUUUACCCUUGGGGUUGGGCCAGAAAUCUCUUGUAAAGCUGGAUCUGUCGAGCAAUAAAUUUUCUGGAUCAAUACCUGAAAGUCUGACUUCUUCAAAACUGCAGCUUGUGCUGCUGAAUGAUAACUCAUUGGAAGGGCAAGUCCCUGAGGAGAUUUAUUCAAUCGGAGUCCAUGGUGGAGCUAUUGACCUCUCUGGUAAUAAAGGCUUGUGCGGUGUACCUUCUCUACCAGAUUGCCCGCUCUUUUGGAAAAAUGGUGGUUUAUCUAAGAAUGGUAAAAUUGCAAUAGGCAUAUCAUGCCUCAUUUUUGUUUGUUUGCUGUCGCUGCUGAUAUACAUAUGCUGCAUUAGAAGAGGGCGUAAUGAUUAUGAUUUUGGGCUACCUCAUGAAUUAACGUAUAAAAGAAUUGAAACAGACUUAUACUUAAAAUGUCCGGAUUCAUAAUUGGAAAGGGCGCAAGAUUAAGGGCACGGUUCUCGGCUUAGAGCAAGUCCAAGAGAUGUCCUAUAUCCUAUAUCCUAUCCUGAGUUACUAUUUGGGGCAUUUGAUGAAAAAUGUUGAUCCAACAAUGUCCUAGUGAUGCCAUAUAUCACUAGGACAACCACCUCAAGUCCUAUUUUUGAGGCACAUCUCUCUUUGCUCUAUCCUAUAUUUUAUUAUAAAUUCAUAUGAACACUCUCUUUCUCUCUCUACUUUUAUAUUAUGCUUUAAUGAUGAAAGAGAGUCUCUAAUUAUAAAAUAUUAAACAUAUUGUAAGAAUAAGGCACAUGGUUGGAGUUCUAGUUAGUAACAUAUGUCGUAAAUCACUAGGACUGUAGGACAUGAUAUUUUAUAUUAUAUUUAGGGCUUGAACUAGGACACUCUUGGACUUGCUCUUACGUUCACAAAGUAUGAUGUAAAACGAAUUUAUACAUGGUUACUUAAUACAUAAAUAAGAAAACUUUAAAAUAAUGGUGGUAGAAUAUUAAUGGAAUAAACUUUUUAAAACUAGUAAGUACAAUAGAUUAUGAAAGUAGAAGUUAUUGUUAAAGUUACACCUAAUGAUUCUUGUUCCAGCAAAUUUAGUGCGCUGUAACACUAUCAUAGUGUGCCAGUGGAGAGCGUUUCUCUGCAAAAUGGUGCAAUUUUGGUAUAAAAGUAACACCAUUUUGGUGUUAUAGCAUCCCAAUGGAAUUGCUCUAAAGAAACCAUUAAUGACGUCCCAAACUAAUGCCUAUUUGAAGUGUAGGCUUGUGCUACAGCGGUUUGAACUUGCAUCAAUAUAUAACUUGAUAAUAACUAGUAAUUUUGACCACGUAUUGGUUAUAAAAUGACCCCCCCCCCCCCCCCCGAAAAAAAACAAACAAACAAACAAACAAACAAAACAAAACCCACGCCCACUGUGCACACAAAAUCUUCCCUUUAUAUAAUUAAUGGGGUCCAGAUACUUAUAAGAUCAAUCAACAUCAAUAAAAGCAGAGAAUUCUUAAUUAGAUUUUUCACACACAGAUCAAUAUAUGCCUCGACAUCAAGUGGCUAAUAGCCUAAUAAUUUUAGCAAUCACUACAAAACUUGGAAUAACUACUGAAUUAAGGAGAAAUUGCAUGUUCCUAUUAGUUGUAUAGACAAUGUUGAAAUUAAUUUAAAGCUGUUAGAUGGAUAAGUGGUUAAUUUAUUAAGUUAUAAACACUGAGAGAUAAUUUUGGGAAGAAAAUUUUGUUUUUGAAGAUGCAAGUUAAAUCAUUAUGAUUGGCAUGUAAAAUCAACUCUAAGCAUUUGCUGUAUAAUUUACUAAGUGCUAAGCUGCGAAGUUGAGGGCAAAGGCACUGGUGAAGAGAUUGAUAAAUUACACUAUACAUGUUUCUAGCCUAUAUUUGCAUACAGUAAGUUCAAUUCAACGGAAUGGAAUGGGGGGAAUAAAUGAAAAAUUAUUACGAAAUUUGAUGGAGAAACAAAAGAGAAUGAAAGAAAAGUGAAUGAACAUGAGGGAGUUUAAAUUGUCUUAUAGAAAUGCAAUGGAUCAUUAGGUUAGAUUUCUACCUUAAAUUGCUAGGAAUGGAAUGCAAGAAGGAAUAAAAAUUAUUAAUAUUAUCCCCAAUUUCUCCCAAAUAAGAAUACAAAUUUCAUUCUAUUAUCUCUCAUUCCAUUCCGUGCAAGUGAACACAACCUCAUAGGUACUAGUAAUGCAGUAUCAUAUACACAUUCUCAAUUGGGUUUGGCAUAAUAAUAUUGUAAUUUGUAGGAAGAAUAGACCUGCAUAUUGAGUCUCCCUAGACCUUUCACUAAACAUAAGAUUUUAACUUGGUUAACCUGAUCAGAAGCCUUCACCUUAGACCCCUUUCUUGACAUUGGAACGGGUACCGACAAACACACUUGUAUAACUGUGUGUAUAUAUAUUGUGUGAACAUCGGGUUGUGUGCUGUUGAUAGAUGCUUGUUUUUUUAAUGAAAUUAGUUAGGUAGACUGUUUUUUAAUUCUUGCUUGCCCACAAUGUUCCAUUUUCGUUUGUCGCAAUUCUUAUGAUCUCAUACGCAACACUUUUAAUUUGGAGGUUGUAUUACUCAAGCAAUUGCUUCUAAUGUCU